UUGAAAAAAUAAAUAAUUAAUAACUCUACUAGAUAACAUUAAUUUAUGCUGAAGCAGAAGAUAUUAAUAAACAACUAAACAUCAAUCGAAUUUAUUUUUAAUUUCGCGUGACCAAAAUUUUAUUACAGUAAGAAAGUUUAAGGUUUGUGUGCGGGGGAUAUGUAUUUGAUUCAUGCAUGAAUGUGCGCCUUAAACUUAGCUGGAGAUACUCUGCAAACUAUUUGAUAAUACAGUGUUAAUCAUGAGUGAUAGACCAAGUAAUGGUGAAUAUAAAUAUCAAAGGGAAGAAAAAUCUGAAUUAAAACCACGCAUUUCAUCAGAAAAUGAACGCGAGGAAAAGGAGCAUCAAAUUGAUAAAGUUGGGGAGUAUGUUCGUGAACUUUUGCAAGAAAAAGUUGAAUUAGAUUCUCAAAAAUGGCCAAACGCAACCAGAUUAAUAGAUCAAGAAAUUCAAAAAACUCAAGCUAUGGGGAAACCUAUAAGGGACCCAAAGUAUGUGGAUAUUUAUCGUGAAAAACAAAUUCGUGUCUCUGUAAAAGUAUUAGUACCUGUUAGAGAACAUCCUAAGUUUAAUUUUGUUGGAAAAUUAUUGGGUCCAAAAGGUAAUUCUAUGAAACGUUUACAAGAGGAAACCAUGUGCAAAAUGGCAGUAUUAGGAAGAGGAUCAAUGAAAGAUCGUCAAAAGGAAGCUGAAUGUCGAAUGUCUCUGGAUCCAAAAUAUGCACAUUUAUCAGACGAUUUACAUGUUGAAAUAACAGCUCUUGCGCCACCAGCAGAAGCUUAUGCCCGUAUUGCUUUCGCAUUAGCUGAAGUACGAAAGUAUCUGAUUCCGGACAACAACGACAAUAUACGGCAAGAACAAAUGCGAGAAAUGGAAAUGAAUAUGGCUGAUGAUCCUAUAAACACUGAUGAUAGAAGACCAUCUGUGAGGGGUGUCCCAGCUGGAGGGGGAAUAUUAAGACCUACCGCCAGACCCACGUUACCACGAUCAUCGAGAGCUGCGAUACUUCCACCACCGUCAAGCCGAGGGCCAAUCUCUCGGCCCGUAUCGACGAAAACUAAAGUAUUUUCUAUUUUGGACCGCGCAAGAGUUGCUAUGGACCAGAGUUAUGGUUACGAGACCGCUACUCCGCCACCGAGUAAUCGUGUUGGUUCACAUCACGAUUACGAUUACCAUGGUUCGACGAGCAGCAGUAGCCGAUACGGAGACCGGCAUUAUACGUCAGGAACAUCAGGGUACACAACAUACGAAUACGAUGAUGACGCUGUUCCGCACUCUUCCCAUGAGUACUAUGAAACAUCGGAAUAUCCAGAGGAAUCAUCGAGCCGCGCAUGGAAAUCGUACAAGACGACAACGACAUCGGGCUCAAGUUCGCGCUACCGCAACGCUCCAUACUCACGACCUUCUAACCCUAAACCGUUGACGUGUAAUCUUCCUAACGCACGACGACCUAUGGUGCCUGCGAUGCCAAAACCUAUAAACGACCGAGACCGUUUUUAAACGAACGGAGGCACAGAAGAGAUUAACACAGGGUAAACGACACUCAGGCAAAUAUUACAACUUUUCAUCGUAUUGCGACGAGCUAAUUAAGUAAACGUAUCAAAUUCGACUAUUUUCAUGGCUAAAUUUUUCUUUUUCUAAUAUUUUAAAUAGUUCUGAUAUUCGUGGUGUUAAUCAUUCGGGGUCUUGCAGGACAGAUGGUACUGAUUAAAUUGAGUAAAGAAUAUUUUAGGAAACACGCGAAAUGUCAAUGUAAGUCAGUAACUGUUCUUCGAAUAAUUUUAAGGAAAGAAAUGAAGUCUGAAUAUUACCAAAAUAGUUCCAGAUUUUUAUGAACUCUGAUAAUAUCAAAUUUAACUUUCGUCAAUGAUUUUUUUAUUGAAUUUAACGGAUAGCAUAUAUUCUGUAACAUAUGAAUAAUCGUCUUUUAACACUCAGUAUAUCUGUUCUGAUCAUUAAAAAAUUAAUGUGUCUCGCAUUCCUAAUCUAUUUACUGCGUUUUUGUUCUUUAAACCUUCAGUAUUAUGUAACGAAGCUGACAUGCUUUUCAGAUGAGUUUGUUGUGACCGCCGGAUAAGCCGAACCACGUAAUACAAUGAAAGCUGUAAUCAAAAUAUCACGGCGCCUUCAGUGCCGUUUUCUCGUGUACGAUGUUCUCGUUCGUCCUGGUAGAAAGUUCUGAAUUUCCUGUCGUUGCGUUGAUCGGUUCUGUACACUAUCUGAUUCUCUGUGAAAAGAAACGUAUUAGAAGGCAAGAAAACCCGCUCCUUGAAUAUCCCGUCCUGAAAACGUUACACACCAAAGCGGAAGGCUAGAAGACCAAGAGGAUCAGAAUGGAAUGAAAACAAGUAAAACGGUCGUAUAUAUCUGUGUCGUAUCGCGGUCUUUAAGCAAAAGAAGGUCAGAGCUGUGUUGAAUUUAUUUUAGUUUUAUACACAGAAUUUUAUAAUCCCUUUGUACCGCACGUGUGCUUAAAGUUUCUUUACUUCGAUCAGGGAUACGUAUCAGGAAUUUCGCGAUCGAAUUAACGUUAUACAGAAAAUUUGUAUAUAUAUUAAAGAAGUUCUAUACACGCGAUCUCUAGAAAUUUAUGUUUCAAACCUUCAUACAGUUUGAAAGGUUGAUUGGCAAUCUAAACAUUACAUAGCUCGGACAGUCGUUUGUGUUUGAACGAAUUAUGAUGAGUUUAGCAAACACGUGUCUAAAAUGGGAGAAAGUAAAUAUUGUAAAUGAUGUUUUCUGGCAAGUGAACAGAUAAAUGAAUAUUAAACAUA